AUGGACUCGAAGAUGGAUGUCGACGUUGGCAAGCCAGCGCAACCACAUGGCUUGUCGCCCGUCAGCGAUCAACAAUCGAUACCCACCUUGGAUGGCUGGAUUGAGAGUUUGAUGAACUGCAAACAAUUAGCAGAAAGCGAUGUGUUGAGAUUAUGCGAUCGAGCAAGAGAAGUGCUGCAGGAUGAGUCGAAUGUGCAGCCUGUGAAAUGUCCAGUCACAGUCUGCGGCGACAUCCAUGGUCAGUUUCACGACCUUAUGGAGCUGUUCAGAAUUGGUGGACCAAAUCCAGACACAAAUUACCUCUUCAUGGGCGAUUAUGUCGAUCGAGGGUACUACUCGGUUGAGACCGUCACUCUGCUUGUCGCGCUUAAGAUCCGUUAUCCUUCACGUAUCACCAUUCUUCGCGGUAACCACGAAUCUCGCCAAAUCACUCAGGUCUACGGCUUCUACGAUGAAUGCCUCCGCAAAUACGGCAACGCGAAUGUCUGGAAAUACUUUACCGAUCUCUUCGACUACCUUCCCCUUACUGCUCUGAUCGACAAUCAAAUCUUCUGCCUCCACGGUGGUCUCAGUCCAAGUAUUGACACGCUCGACAACAUCCGCAGUCUCGACCGAAUUCAAGAGGUACCUCAUGAAGGCCCCAUGUGCGAUCUCCUCUGGUCAGACCCAGACGACAGAUGUGGCUGGGGAAUCAGCCCAAGAGGUGCAGGCUACACAUUCGGUCAGGACAUCAGUGAGGCCUUCAAUCACAACAACGGCCUCACCCUGGUUGCAAGAGCACAUCAAUUGGUGAUGGAGGGCUAUAACUGGAGUCAGGAUAGGAACGUGGUCACCAUUUUCAGCGCGCCCAACUAUUGCUAUAGGUGUGGUAACCAGGCUGCUAUUAUGGAGAUUGAUGAGCAUCUGAAGUAUACCUUCUUACAAUUCGACCCGUGCCCAAGAGCUGGUGAACCAAUGGUUAGCAGACGUACCCCCGACUACUUCUUGUAA